GCGCUGCAGCGCAAGGGGCGGAGAAGCAGAGCGCCGAGAGAGGACCAGACGCCCAGGUCUCCCGCAUCCCGGUGCCGCAGGAGCGAGGAAGCGCGCCUCGGCCCUGUUCCCCAGCCUUCAUCCAGGCGCCCGCCGCGCCUUUCUGAGCCCCAGAGACCGAGCACCUGUCCCCCGCCUGGGCCUCAGCUGAGCCCCUCUCCUCCGGAGCACAUACGACCCCUGCAGCAGCAGAAGUGCCCCAGCCCCACACCGGCGACCACCAUGGCCGAGACCAACAACGAAUGUAGCAUCAAGGUGCUCUGCCGAUUUCGGCCCCUAAACCAGGCCGAGAUUCUGCGGGGGGACAAGUUCAUCCCCAUUUUCCAAGGGGACGACAGCGUCGUUAUUGGGGGGAAGCCAUAUAUCUUUGAUCGUGUAUUCCCUCCAAACACGACUCAGGAGCAAGUUUAUCAUGCAUGUGCCAUGCAGAUCGUCAAAGAUGUCCUUGCUGGCUACAAUGGCACCAUUUUUGCUUACGGACAGACAUCCUCAGGGAAGACACAUACUAUGGAGGGAAAGCUGCAUGACCCUCAGCUGAUGGGAAUCAUUCCUCGAAUUGCCCAAGACAUCUUCAACCACAUCUACUCCAUGGAUGAGAACCUUGAGUUCCACAUCAAGGUUUCCUACUUUGAGAUUUACCUGGACAAAAUCCGUGACCUUCUGGAUGUGACCAAGACAAAUCUAUCUGUGCACGAGGACAAGAACCGAGUGCCGUUUGUCAAGGGUUGUACCGAGCGCUUUGUGUCCAGCCCAGAAGAAAUUUUAGAUGUGAUUGAUGAAGGGAAAUCAAAUCGUCAUGUGGCUGUCACCAACAUGAAUGAACACAGCUCUCGAAGCCAUAGCAUCUUCCUCAUCAAUAUCAAGCAGGAGAAUAUGGAGACCGAGCAGAAGCUCAGUGGGAAGCUGUAUCUAGUGGACCUGGCAGGGAGCGAGAAGGUCAGCAAGACUGGAGCAGAGGGAGCCGUGCUGGACGAGGCCAAGAAUAUCAACAAGUCCCUGUCAGCCCUGGGGAACGUGAUCUCUGCGCUGGCUGAGGGCACAAAAAGCUACGUUCCAUAUCGUGACAGCAAAAUGACACGGAUUCUCCAGGACUCCUUGGGAGGAAACUGCCGGACAACCAUGUUCAUCUGCUGCUCACCGUCCAACUACAAUGAUGCGGAGACCAAGUCCACCCUGAUGUUUGGACAGCGGGCAAAGACCAUUAAGAACACUGCCUCCGUGAAUCUGGAGUUGACUGCUGAGCAGUGGAAGAAGAAAUAUGAGAAGGAGAAGGAGAAGACAAAGGCUCAGAAGGAGACGAUUGCAAAGCUGGAGACAGAGCUGAGCCGGUGGCGCAGUGGAGAGGACGUGCCAGAGACGGAGCGCCUGGCUGGGGAGGAUGCUGCCCUGGGAGCUGAGCUCUGUGAGGAAACGCCCGUGAACGACAACUCAUCCAUCGUGGUGCGCAUCGCGCCUGAGGAGCGGCAGAAGUACGAGGAGGAGAUCCGCCGCCUCUACAAGCAGCUUGAUGACAAGGAUGAUGAGAUCAACCAGCAGAGCCAACUCAUAGAGAAGCUCAAGCAGCAGAUGCUGGACCAGGAAGAGCUGCUGGUGUCCACUCGAGGAGACAAUGAGAAGGUCCAGCAGGAGCUGAGCCACCUGCAGUCGGAGAACGACGCCGCGAAGGAUGAGGUGAAGGAGGUGCUGCAGGCACUGGAGGAGCUGGCCAUGAACUACGACCAGAAGUCCCAGGAGGUGGAGGAGAAAAACCAGCAGAACCAGCUUCUGGUGGACGAGCUGUCUCAGAAGGUGGCCACCAUGCUGUCCCUGGAGUCUGAGUUGCAGCGGCUACAGGAGGUCAGUGGACACCAGCGAAAACGAAUUGCUGAGGUGCUGAAUGGGCUGAUGAAGGACCUGAGUGAGUUCAGUGUCAUCGUGGGCAACGGGGAGAUUAAGCUGCCGGUGGAGAUCAGCGGGGCCAUCGAGGAGGAGUUCACUGUGGCCCGACUCUACAUCAGCAAAAUCAAAUCCGAAGUCAAGUCUGUGGUUAAACGGUGCCGGCAGCUGGAGAACCUCCAGGUCGAAUGUCACCGCAAGAUGGAAGUGACUGGGCGGGAGCUCUCAUCCUGCCAGCUUCUCAUCUCCCAGCAUGAGGCCAAGAUCCGCUCCCUGACGGAAUACAUGCAGAGCGUGGAGCUCAAGAAGCGGCACCUGGAAGAGUCCUAUGACUCCCUGAGUGAUGAGCUGGCCAAGCUCCAAGCCCAGGAAACUGUGCAUGAAGUGGCCCUGAAGGAUAAGGAGCCAGACACACAGGACUCAGAAGAUGUGAAGAAGGCCCUGGAGCUGCAGAUGGACAGCCACCGGGAGGCCCAUCACCGGCAGCUGGCCCGGCUCCGGGACGAGAUCAAUGAGAAGCAGAAGACUAUUGAUGAGCUCAAAGACCUGAAUCAGAAGCUCCAGUUAGAGCUGGAGAAGCUUCAGGCUGACUAUGAGAAGCUGAAGAAUGAAGAACAUGAGAAAAGCACCAAACUCCAGGAGCUGACAUUUCUGUAUGAGCGACACGAGCAGUCCAAGCAGGACCUCAAGGGUCUGGAGGAGACAGUUGCCCGGGAACUCCAGACCCUCCACAACCUUCGCAAGCUGUUCGUUCAAGACGUCACGACUCGAGUCAAGAAAAGUGCAGAAAUGGAGCCCGAGGACAGUGGGGGGAUUCACUCCCAAAAGCAGAAGAUUUCCUUUCUUGAGAACAACCUGGAACAGCUUACAAAGGUUCACAAACAGCUGGUACGUGACAAUGCAGAUCUGCGUUGUGAGCUUCCUAAGUUGGAAAAACGACUUAGGGCUACGGCUGAGAGAGUUAAGGCCCUGGAGGGUGCACUGAAGGAGGCCAAGGAGGGCGCCAUGAAGGACAAGCGCCGGUACCAGCAGGAGGUGGACCGCAUCAAGGAGGCCGUUCGGUACAAGAGCUCUGGCAAACGGGGCCAUUCUGCCCAGAUUGCCAAACCCGUCCGGCCUGGCCACUACCCAGCAUCUUCACCCACCAACCCCUAUGGCACCCGGAGCCCUGAGUGCAUCAGUUACACUAACAGCCUAUUCCAGAACUACCAGAAUUUGUACCUGCAGGCUGCACCUAGCUCCACCUCAGAUAUGUACUUUGCAAACUCCUGUACCAGCAGUGGGGCCACAUCUUCUGGAGGCCCCUUGGCUUCCUACCAGAAGGCCAACAUGGACAAUGGAAAUGCCACAGAUAUCAAUGACAAUAGGAGUGACCUGCCAUGCGGCUACGAGGCUGAAGACCAGGCCAAGAUGUUCCCUCUCCACCAAGAGACGGCAGCCAGCUAAUCUCCCACACGGGCUGCUGCAUACCUGCACUUUCAGUUUCUAAGAGGGACUGAGGCCUCUUCUCUCAGCAUGCUGCAAACCUGUGGUCUCUGAUACUAACUCCCUCCCCAAUCCUUGUUGUCCGACUGUACUAUGUAUGAUGUCUUCUCUUACUCUGUAUCUCUUUGUACUCUGUAUCUAUAUAUCAAAAGCUGCUGCUA